CAGAAAGUAGAGAGUGUAGGUUCCUCUUUUGUGUUCCUCUCUUUUGCGCUGCGAAGGAGGAGGCAGCGGCAGCAAACAAAAACACCGAAACCUCCUUCUAAUCUUCCAAACCAUCGUCAUGGAGGCUCAAUCUCCAACGCCAUCCACUGCUCCGCCCUUAUCCUCGGUGGCUCCGCCGCCACCCCACCUCAACUACCCAGACUCUUUGGAUUCGUCCCCUCGCUCCCGGAACACGGACUCGUGGGACGAGCCCUACCCGCCGGCGUCCACGAAGCUCCGCCUGAUGUGCAGCUACGGCGGUCACAUCGUCCCCCGUCCACACGACAAGUCCCUCUGUUACGUCGGCGGCGACACCCGCAUCGUGGUGGUGGAACGCAACACCUCACUCUCGGACCUAUCCACGCGCCUCUCGAAGACGUUCCUGAACGGAAGAGGGUUCAGUCUCAAGUACCAGCUUCCCAGUGAAGACCUCGAUUCCCUCAUCUCCGUCACCACCGACGAGGACCUUGAUAACAUGAUCGAGGAGUACGAUCGAACAACCGCCGCGAAUUCCGCCGUGAAACCCUCACGAAUUCGCCUCUUCCUCUUCCCUAACAAACCCGAUUCCACUCACUCCAUUCCCCCAGAAAUUCUUGAUACCUCUGCUAAGUCCGAAGACUGGUUCCUCAACGCCCUAAACGGCGCCGGAUUGCUCAACCGGGGCUUCUCCGAAUCUGCCUCCGUCAAUUGUCUUCUGGGUCUCGAUGACGUUGACGUUGCAGGGAACAACCUCGAACCCGGUUCCAGAGAGGUUGUUGAGGCUGCUUCUCAGCCUGGAUCUUUUGGGAAUUGUAAGAAUUUGAAGCAGGAUGUUCACUCUGUUCCUGAUUCCCCUAUGCUUGAGACCACUUCAUCUUUUGGGUCUACUUCGUCGUCGCCGUCGCUGGCCAAUUUGCCGCCGAUUCGGGUUCAUGUGGAGGAUGGUGGUGGUGGUGGUGGGGUUAGGGUGCAGGAUCAAAAGGUAUUGGGGAUUGAGGAACAGUUUGCUCAGAUGGGUGUUGGUGUUGGACAGAAGCAGGAUGAGGGUUUUGUUUUGCUGUCUUCUCCGCCGCCGCCUCCGGUUCCCACCACCCUUUCCGCUGCGGCGGUGGGUGUGCCGAUCGGCUCUGCGGUGGUUGGUGGUGAAUACCAGAACCGUAUUAUCUCAGAUGAUGAAAGAUCGGAUCAUGGGGUGCCUGUGGGAUAUAGAAAACCACCAACUCCUCAGCCACAGACAGUGCCACAGCCACCGGCACAGCCACAGCCACAAACACACACACAGUCACAUGCACCUCAAUUUCAACAGAAGUCAACUGGCGCCGUUGAUUUGCCUUCCCCUGAUUCUGUUUCAAGUGAUAGUAGCCUUACAAAUGCAAUGUCACGUCCUAAAACUGUGAUCUAUCAAGACCAAUUUCAGAUUCAAUCUGGAACAACAAGGGUUCCUAGUAAUCCUGUGGAUCCCAAACUUAAUGUGUCUGAUCAACACAGUCGGAUCCAGAUGCAGCAACAUUUACAGGACCCUGGAUAUUUAUUGCAGCAGCAAUUCGAUCAGCAACACCAACAGCCUCAACAACAACAGCAGCAGCAGCAGCAGUUUAUACAUGGCGCACACUUCAUUCACCCUAACUCUGCAAUGCCUGCAUACUAUCAUCCUGUAUAUCCUUCCCAGCAACAGCAUCACCAGGUUUACUAUGUGCCUGCAAGACAAGCCCAAGCUUACAACUUAUCUAUGCAGCAGGCUAACAUGGGUGAAUCUGCCACAAACAUUCCUUCUAGCAGGCCCCAAAAUCCGCCAAAUCCUGCCUCAUUGGUUCCACCAUCUGCAGCUUACAACCCCAUUAGAAAUGCUCCCCAUCCUAAAACUGAAAUGACAGCAGCUGCUUACAGAACUGCAACUGCAGGAAACCCUCAGUUAGUUCAAGUUCCUUCAAGUCAGCAUCAGCAACAAUAUGUCACUUACUCCCAGAUCCACCAUCCAUCCCAGUCCAUGGCCCCUAAUUCUGCUGCCCCUGCUAAUUAUGCGUAUGAUUAUGCGGAUCCUUCUCAUGCUCAAAUAUACUACUCCCAGCCUCUGGCGCCCACAAUGCCUUCACAGUACCAGACCAUGACUGCUGCUGCUGUGGUGCUGCCGGAAGUUUCUGCUCAGCAUCCCUCCGAUGGUAUGAAGCAGCAGAUAAGAACCUCACAGCAAUAAUAAACUAGUCCUACAGAAAAAGAAAAAGAAAAACAAUUUUGAAGAAAUGGGUUUGGUUUCCCUUUAAGUUUUACAUGUUAGUUCCUGUCGUCAUGUUUGGUACUUGUUUGUGGUACGUGUUUGUGAUAGAAAAUAAGAAACUGUGAUCAUCUUGUACUCUUUGUUGUAUGUCAUAUUUUAUAGGAAAGGAAAUUGUUCCAAGGUUAUACUGUAAAAGUUCAAGUCUGAAACAUUGUAUUGUGAAGUUCAAAUAUCAAUUCCUGAAAUGAUUGUCAUAUAAAUUAUGAGGAGUCGUUUCUUAUUCUAGUCUA